UGUUUAAUUCUUAAUUCCUCCUUUUUAUAUCUCUCCAAGCAACCAAUCUUUUCAGAGGAUCAAAAGAACCAAACCACCAAAAAAAAAAAGAAAGAAAGAACGAAAGAAAGAAAGAAAGAAAAAAACAGAAGCAAUGGUUAUUGUGUCCGCCAAAGAGCUGUUGAGUUCGUAUUUGAUCACUCUCAAGCUUAGGGAGACUUUUGGGGCCAAUCUCCCCAAGACAUCAACUUCCACUUCCACUGAUUCUGCAGGCUUAUUAUUGGACCAACAGCCACACCACCACCAACCUCAGGACCUGUCCCUGAGGAACCAACACCAGGAUCCAGCCAGCACCUCCGUCCACGUCGUGAUCCCGAAUGACAAGGCCGAGAUCAAACCAAUCGAGGAGGGCAGGCCAGAUGAGAGGACACCCAGCCGGGGAAAGCCUGUCUGGAUUAUCUCCAUCAGGGACAGUCUCAAUCAGGCCCGGCAGGAUGACGCUGCGCGCUCGUGGUCCAAGGUCUGGAUAUACAGGAUCCCGCAUUACCUUAGAGAUGGAGAGGACAGGGCCUACAUCCCGCAGAUUGUCUCCCUCGGGCCGUAUCACCAUGGCAGGAAGCGGUUCGGCCAGAUGGACAGACACAAGUGGCGGGCACUCCACCGCGUCCUCAGGCGGACCCGCCACAACAUUAAACUCUACCUCGAUGCUGUCAAUGAGCUCGAGGAGAAGGCGCGAGCCUGCUACGAUGGGCAGAUUGCGCUGAGCAGAAAUAAGUUCACGGAGAUGAUGGUUCUUUACGGGUGCUUCAUCCUAGAGUUGUUCCGCGGAGUGGAAGAGGGGUUCGAGAAGCUAGGAUACCCGAGCAAUGAUCCCGUUUUCUCGAUGACGGGGUCGAUGCACAGGAUCCAGCGGGACAUGAUCAUGCUCGAGAAUCAGAUCCCGAUGUUUAUCCUCGACCGGCUUCUUGUGAUUCAGCUGGGGGACCGGUACCAGAAGAGGUGGGUGGAAAAGCUUGCAUUGGGGUUCUUGGACCCCUUGAAUCCCACAGAUGAGUCAUUGACACAGAGUGACCGCAACAAAUUACAGUCUUCCAGGUCCAUGAAAACCUUUGAUCCGUUUUCGGACUGUCAAAGCGAGCUUCACUGCCUCGAGCUGUUCAGGAGGAGCCUCCUCAGUUCUUGCCCAAAGCAUGUCCCUAGGAACGGGACCAAGCCCAGGUCCAACAAGAACUGGGUCGCAGACAAGAGAAGGCAGCAGCUCAUACAUUGUGUGACGGAGCUAAGAGAGGCUGGGAUCAAGUUCAGGAUGCGGAAGACCGACCGUUUCUGGGACAUUGAAUUCAAGAACGGUGUCCUCCAUAUCCCGAGGAUCCUGAUCCAUCACGGAACCCAACCACUUUUCCUCAACCUCAUCGCAUUUGAGCAGUCCCACUUCGGCUGCUCCAACGAAGUGACCACCUACGCGGUCUUCAUGGACAAUCUCAUAAACUCCCCCGAGGAUGUCGGAUACUUGCACAACUGUGGAAUCAUUGAGCCCUGGCUUGGGAGCAAUGCAGAGGUGGCAGACCUAUUCAACCGACUCUGUCAGGAGGUCGUUUUUGACAUCAGUGACAGUUACCUCUCGACCCUGUUCGCGGAGGUGAACCAGUACUAUGGUCAUCCGUGGAACGCGUGGAGGGCGAGCCUCAAGCACAAGCACUUCAGCAAUCCUUGGGCUAUAAUCUCCCUUAUAGCAGCUGUGGUUCUCCUGUUGCUCACCGGAGCUCAGACCUUCUAUGGGGUUUACGGCUAUUACAGGCCAGCAUCUUCUUGAGCUAGGUGCAGCCUCCGGUUACUUUCUUCUAGAUUUCCUUAGUUUUCCGGUUAGUUUCACAUAGAAGGCUAAGGUUUCAUACCGGAAAAAUUGAUAGCGAUGAACGUUUCCCUUUUAAUAUUCAUAUGCGGGACUUCAUAGCGGAUUCGAUUUGUUUGCUGGAAUACUUCCUUGAUAUGCAAGUAAAGUGAGAUGAGAAGAAUAACUUUCUUAA